UUCUUUCUCAUUAUUUGCUCUAGGUAGAAUAUGAAGAUGGAUAUCUUGAAAAUUCCAUUUGUGACAAUACCAAAUUCUAUAAGUAGUAAUAUACUUGUCAAAAUAGGCAAGUUGCCAUAAGGUGUAUUCAUUUCUUCUACAAUGGCAUUAGCAACAAGUCUCAGACCAUGGAUUUUAGCUUCAGCCUUGUUCAUUGCUUAUGUGUUUGGUAGCGUAUCAGGAGGAAAAGCAGAAGAUGAUCAUGUACCUUAUCAAGUAGGAAGUGGAGGUUAUGACCCGGGUCAAGUUGUUUCAAAGGCUUUGCUAUGUUUCAAUGGCAAACAUAUUUAUAGCAGCUGUGAAGAGUCUUAUAGAUUAAGUGAGAGUGGAAAUCUUGAGGUGCCGCAGGAGGAGACGGAGGCCUUCUGCGGCGGGCCGUGCCUUACAGAGACGCAGCUUGUGCUGAGCUGCAUUGAUAACAUCUUGGCCAACUUUCUGUUUUACAACAGAGCCACAAUACAAGAUGUUAGAGACACUAUCCAUGCAGGAUGUGGUUAUGGACCAGAAAGAGGAAAUUUUAAUGUGGCAGAACACAUUGAAGCUGAAGACAACAAUGCUCAGAAAGUUUCAAACCAGAUUCUGGUUGCCUUUGGCUUGAUCCUUGUAGGACAUGGCAUAUGGCUUAUUUGAUAUUAUACAUAACAUAUAUGUGUAUGUAUGUUUUGUGAGAAAAUGUACUUAUUGUAAGAGCCGAAGAAGUUUAAUUGGUAUGUAAAACUCUUUAUUCAUAUUUGGAACGGAGAAAGAGGCUAUGUUGUACUACAAUAUAUUUAUUUAUAUUGAUAUACUUGACCGGUUUUAUA